AUGGGUCGCCCACUCUUCGUUGCCCCUGUCGAAACCGAUCUCCCUCACAAAGAGGCGACCAAGCGUGAUGUCCUCUCUCCUGGUCGCUCAGCCAUCAGGCGCUCGGCUCAGGCAGGCUUUCGCGACAGGCGAAAUGCCAUCAGACGCGCUGCUGUCCGCAUUGUCGACAUUCCACCACCGCCUGACCCGCAACCCCGGCGGAGGGUCGGGGCAUCCAGCUGGGAGACCGAGUUGUCUCAUGCCGACGAGCCAGAGCCAUCUCCUGGCCCUGCGCGCGAGGCAUUGAGAGAUGUCACCACCAGGCCGGACCGGCCGCCACGGAGAGAUCGCUAUCUGGAACAGCAGAUGAGCUCCAUCUUCGGCGGCACUUGGCAUAGCUUUAGUCCCCCUUCUUCUCAGAGGGAUGAUGAAGCUCGAGCCGAAAGGGACUUUUGGUGGAACGCUGAACCUCGACCACGGCGCGCGCGCGUUGUUGCGCCAGACGAUCUCCGGCGCAAUCGCAACCCCCAUGAGCACCGUUCUCAUCAAACCGGUACACCACCGCUUCGCCCUGCGCGGGACGGGCCGGAGAGGUCGCGCACCGAAUCCCCGUCAAAUGACGACAUAUCUCAGCCGAACGCCUUUCAGGUUUACAGACGUUGGCGCCGAAACCAAGCACAGGCGCGAGAGUUCCGCGCUUUCAUGCGGCACUCGUACGCCAACAACCGCCCCGACUCCAAUUCGUAUGAUGGCCUAGGAGACCGUGAUAGAAGCCUGAGUCCAGAGGGCUGGGACACCCUACUCUCGACGCUGACGCCCGAUCCGCAACCGCCGAGCGCAACGUCCUCGUUUGCGUCUGCAGCCGCAUCCCAGACCGCAGGCCCUUCCAGUGCUCCUCCGCCUGCCCCAGGCGUGCCUGACGAAGCUGCUGACGGUGCUUGUGAGUCGGGACAUGAAAUGUCUGACGACGACGACGAAGACGAAGACAACAACGACUACGCCAACUGGCAGUCUCGGGCUGCUGCACUUACCAGAGACGUCGGGGUUGUGCGCCUCUACAGCCUCAACGGCGUCCCAGCAGCUGGAGUACCGCCUCAGCGGCCUGAAGCAUCCAGACGUGUGCGGAGCCUCGCGCCCCGGGAUUCUCCGUUGCUGCUAGCCCACGGUCGGACCUCAGGCUCAGGCUCAGAAGAUGAGAGCCGACCUGGCCGCCUCCAGCCGAACCGGGAAGGAUCAGCAGGCAGCGGUCGUGGUGCUCAUACUGGGGACGAAGAGUGGUCAGGCAUGCAGCGAAUCGUCCGCAGUCUUGCGGCCAGAGAAGAUAUCCCGGACGAGUGGUGGGCUGAGGCUGGCCUCAAUCGAACUCUUCCCCAGGACGGGUCCCAAUGGUGA